CAUUAUCUCCAUACGUCCAUUAACUUUGAUAUUAGAGCAUCUGCAUGUCUCCAUUAUCAGCCUUUGUACGUGUGAAGCAAAAGUUUCUUACACUGAGAGCCAGGAUAACGAUUAUCUUAAUUCAUUUUUUAGAGGUUUAAUACCCCUAUGUUUGGCCCGACUUUUAGAAGUGAUUUUAGCCUUCAAAAGUUGAAGCAGGCAAAACACCUGUAAAAGCUCGGCUUUUGAAAAGCCGAAAAGCGCUUUUGUCUAACAUAAAAGCAAAAGCUCUGAUUUGGAGCUUCUGCGAAAAGUUGUUUUGAAAAUACAAGAUUAUCCUUACCAUAUUUUAAUUUUAUUUCAGAAAAUAUAAUUUUUCUUCAUUUAUAUCAUUUUAAAAAUAAAAUAAAUUAUUUAAUAUAAAAGAAAUUGAACAAGAUCCAUUUUGUUUACUUUAUUGUUUAGAAUUUUAUUCAUAUUUUAUAUUAUAAGUCCUUUAUAGUCAUUUUACACAAUCUUUCAUAUUAAAAAGCACUUCUAAUAGUUUUACAGCCAAACACUCAACUGAAUUUUUAAAAAAGUACUUAUCUAAAAGCUCCAGCCAGAAGCUGCUUCUACAAAAGCUACCGCAUGGCCAAACUAUAUAUUACGAGGUAAUUAAUAGUACGGGUGAUUCUCCAUCUGAAGCCAGUUAUACCAAUGCUAAUUAGUUCUCUCAAGGUAUCAAAAAGGUCGAUUAACCAAAAACCUAUACAAAACCCUGAAAAUGCUCUCGAACUCGCAGCCGCAAGAAAACCCUUCGACGUCCGAUCCGACUAUGUCUGGUCGUCCGUCGGACCCUCCUCCUCUGACCUCCCCGCUUCAACCCCUUCUUCUGAUUCAGUUGCAAAACCUCUGGCUCUAAGCUUCAAAGCGGCCCUCUCUGGAUCGCCGAUGGCGAGUCAUACCCGCAUCCCUCAAUGGACUUUCGUUGGAGACCAAGACCUUGAACCAUCAUCCUUUCAAGGGGAGCCUGCGCUGAGAGUCUCUCCCGCCUUGAAGGAACGUUUAUGCCAGCCAUGGAAGAGGACUCUGAUAGUAAGGUUACUUGGUCGUUCGGUCUCCUACAAUUACAUCUGCUCCCAACUCUGAUGGAAGUGGCGGCCGGUAGGCUCGCUGGAAAUCAUGGAUCUCAACAACGACACUUUCUUGGCCACGUUUGGCAACGAUCAGGACUACCUUCGAGCCUUGACCGGGGGACCGUGGGUCAUCCUUGAUCAUUACUUGAUCGUUCAUCAAUGGUCUCCCUCCUUUCGUCCGUCCGAUAAACCACACAAAUCUGUGGUUGCCUGGGUUCAGCUCCCAGAGCUGCCGGUUCAUUUUUACCACAGAGAAGUUCUAUUUGCUUUGGGAAAUCUCAUCGGCAGAACAAUAAAGCUGGAUUACCACA